AAGAAGGACGGUUUUGCCAUUGAAUCCGGCGCCCCCUCGUGGCAGGAGCCCCGCAACGCAGCUCAGCCCUCUGGGAACCGUCGAGGCCUGUUUACAUUGUAGAAAUCAAGCCGUUUGACCCCGCUUUAAGGGAUGUACUUCCAUCCUGGGGGGCAUGUAGUUGUGCCUGGGCCCUCCUCUGAGGCUGAGACGGUGUGAUUUGUUCAAUGUUACCCAAUGGGUUUCCCUAGCCGUGGCAAAUGUUUCCCUAUGGGCAAGCAUUGCCUAUGGGCAAAUAUUCCCCUAUGGCUCUCUAUGGGCAGGGCAUACAUUCACCAAUGAUUCCCUAUGAGCAAGUAUUCUAUGUAUCUAUGGGCCCUAACCCUAUGAGCAAGUAUUCCCUAAUGUUUCUUCAUGGGCAAGUAUUCCUCUAUUCCCCAAUGAUUCCCUAUGGGCAAGUCCUGUCAUUUGUUUUCGUAUGUCUCGUUUCCAGGGCUGUGGCGGGAUUCGAACUCGGCUCUUCCAGAUCAUCGGAGCCCAGCAGAGAAACCUGGCCAAGGUUUGGCUUUGCCAAGCUCUGGGGAAGGACAGCCAAGGCCUGGGCAGGGCCUGGGUGCCCUCCAGUGCCAUGGCUACCACCCCUUGCGUCCCUUUGGCUCCUCCUCUCUGCCUCCUCCCUCAUUCAGCUUGGGCUGAAAGUUUCCAAGGAGGAAGGAAGUUGGGUUGGGAGAAGAGCUUGGCAAGGGGAGGCUGGCACCAUCUGGGGCCCUCUGGCUUGGCAUGGAAGCAGAGCAGCGCCAGGAGGAGGAGGAGGAGGAGGAAGAGGAAGGCCACCCUGAAGGCCCCUUUGGGAAAAACCCCUUUCAACUCACUGUGGAAGAUGUCUAUGACAUGUCCUACCUUCUGGGCAGGGAGCUGCACCAGCUGAGUAGCCAACCUGGCUUGGAGAUGCCCUCCCGGGUGGCCCAGCUCCAGUUCAAGGUGGUGGCCAUCCUGGAGAUGCUGGAAGCCUUGGUCAAUGAGAACAACCUGGCAGUGGAGGCCCUCCGCAUGGAGAGGGAUAGCCUCAAAAGAGAGCUGGAGAACCUCCGCCAAGAAGAGGCCUCUGGAAGCCCUGGAGAGGUGAACCUUGGGCCCAACAAGAUGGUCAUCGAUCUCACAGAUGCAAACCGCCCCCGCUUCACACUGCAGGAGCUGAGAGAGGUGCUCCAGGAACGCAACCAGCUGAAGGCACAGUUGCUGGUGGCGCAAGAAGAGCUACAGUGCUACAAGUGUGGCUUCAUCUCACCGAAAAAGGACUGGGUUGAACCAACACCAAGAGAAAUGGCUGUAGGCACCACUUCUAGUUCCGGCAGAGGAAGAGAAGAGAAAACCAUGAUCAAACGUCUGUUCAAUUUUAAAAGGUCAUGAUGGGGUUCCUCCCUUUCCCACGGAAAAGACUCAGAGGAAACAAAACACCACUAUCUGAAUGCCAAGAAAUGCAAUUUUUGAAGACCAGGUGUCACUUGUCAUCAGCAGCCACUGGAAGCAUUGGGAUCCGUGUUUAAAUGUUACGUGCAAAGUUAGCAUCUUUCCCUGUUCUAAUCUCCAGGUCUGGGGAAUCUCUAACCUCACAGAUUUGUUGGACUACAAAUCCCACCACCCCUCACACAUUACCUGGGAAUGAUGUAGCUUGUAGUCCAGUAAUAGCUAGAGAAUAAAUAAGUAGGAAACUGUGUGGAGACCAGAGGCCAAUUCUCCUCUGACCCUUCACAUGGGCCGCAUCUCCCACAUAAGCCCAAAUACGUCCAUUUUUCUCUGCAGACCCUCUCAAAAUGGCAAUAAGAACUGGCAUUGCACUUCCUGCCACCAUUUUGAGAGGAAUUAGAGAAAAACUGUGACAAUGGUGGGUAAUACAAGGUUCUAGGGUGCUUGUGGGGAUGAGGUGGAAGUAUUUCACAUGCUUUUGCAUAUUUAGGAGCAAAAAUUGAAUGAAAAAUGUGGUGUUUUAAAUGGGAGGACAGAAAUUGAGGUCCAAGGGCUACACUAUGCCCAGAACUCAUCUUGAGGGUCAGUGAUUUUCACCCCAGUGUAAAGAACAGUACUACCUCUUUCUCAUCUGUUUUACAAGCAUCCUACUGGAAAAUGCUCCUGUGUUUGUAUAGAGCAGAAUAAAUUUCUUACACUGAAUUCCUAGAACCAUUCGAGAGUUGUUUGUAAGUGUUGCUUUACAUUUUCACAGGCAUUGCUAUUCCGAUGGCAAAAGGAAGUUGAAGCAGAGGGUGCUUUCAGGUGGCUUGCCUGGAUUUGGGGGAGCUAAAUCUUUUAUUUCUAAUGGAUAUUUUUGUAGGGGGGGAAAUCACUCUAACCUUGAGUGCGGGAUUGUGUCUUACCUUUAACUCCCAGAGUGUGCCAACUGUUCAUCCUGGAUGGAGGAUUCUGGGCGUUGUAUGCCAUUUUUCCUAGCUCUGGAGACCACAGGAAGCUUGCAAGCAGAAAAGACAACAAUUUCUGGGCCACCCCAGGAAAAUUCUGUGACCGAGGCAUAACAAAAGCCUUGUCCAAAACAGCCAGAGGCAGAAACAACAAUCAUUUUGCAUUUAAUAAAUAUCUCAUUUUAUUUA